CUGUAGCCUUGUACGGUACUUGCCCAUAUCAUGAUUACGUCAGCAUCACUGCGGUGCUAUGCUGUUAGUAUGCUUGCAAGCUUUCCCCCAACACUAUUCUUGUCAUCAUAUUCACGAUGGCAGCGGGGCUCAAGACUGUAAUAUUGCUGUCAUUCGUGCUCGCUGUUGGAUUCCUGUUAAUCAUACUCUCAUGUGCGCUAUGGGCGAAUUGGUUGCCAUUGUUAGUUGUAUUUUCAGCGUUGACGUUCGUGCUUGCUCCUCUGCCAAAUGCCUUGUUUGCCCACUGCGGAGGAGACGAGUUUUCCUCAAGUGACAGCCCCACGGCUGCUGUGGACCUUGGCCGUUUCCUUACUUCAAUCGUUGUUGUCACUGGAUUUGCGCUCCCCAUCGUCCUCACCCAUUCCGAGGUUGUGAAACCAGGCGCCUGUGCAAUGUCCAUCAUCGGUGGAGGCCUGGUGUAUGGAACUAUAUUGGCAUAUUCGGCGGCGUUCAGACAGGACGACGAAUAUGACUGAUCGUUUGUACAUCUACGCUUGAAUGUUGCAGUAUGUGAAUAUAUCUAUGUCAUUAACAUCGAAUGCCAAUGAGGAUUCGAA